AAUAACAAUAUCCUAUGACUUGUAAGUAGAUAAUAACUUAUGCCAAUGAUAUUAGGAUUGAGGGUAUGGAUUUGAGUUUUAGAUCGAUCACAAAAGUCUUGGAAACAAAAUUGUGCACAUUUUUUAUUUCAUUUUUUACAAUAUUUAGAUUUGGCUUCAAAAUUUUUAACAGAUUACAACCCUUUAAUUUUGGCAUUUAAUAGUUUAAUUCAAAUAUUUGUUUUGUCAGUUCCAGUUCCCGUUCUAAGAAAUUAUAUCUAUAUAAUCUAUAAACUUGUAAUGGUUUAGCUAUAGAAUUUGUUUUAGUAGUAAAUUCCUACAAAAUAAGAAUACGCGUUAUAAGACAAUUCAUACUCGAUUAAAUUCACAUUCUUAAACCAAAAUUUCUGUAAAAUGAUGAAGCCUGUUAACAUUUACAGAAUAUAAAGAAUAGGUAUAAACAAGGGUUAAAUUCGAUUGGUAGUUUAUUUCUUAACAACAAAAUAACUUAAAACAUUCAUAAUUUAGAAAUAUGUUAUUUUGAUAGUACUUAGUUUAAAUAAUAAUUAUAUUUGUUUCUCUAAAUUUUCUAAAUAUGUUAGAGAAAACUCUUAUUAACGGUCACAUUUUAUUUAACGUUAAACUGCAUUAAUUAAUAUGUUAUGUUCACUUGAAAAUACGUUUAGUUUGUGUUUGAGUGUUUAAUCUCUUAUAAAUAUGAGACAAAAUUUCAUUCUAAAAUACCAGAUACAAACAUUUUAAUAUAUUAUAUUAAUAACAUUUGCCACUUAUUUUGAAAGUAUUGGCAAAAUGGCUCACACUUCCUCCCGAACUACUAUCGUAUUCAUUGUUGUUGCUUUGGUUUGUGCAUUCGUUCCUGCAUUCUCUGUAGAAGAAGCUGAAGCAAAAUCACUAUGGGAUACAUGUCUUCUUAAAAUCAGUCCAAAAUGUGCGUUGGAUAUAAUUGGUGUUGUCUUUGAAAAUUUAACCAUCACUGAUGCAUGCUGUCAUGAUCUUGUUCAAGAAGGAAAAAUGUGUCACGAUACUCUUAUCAAAUAUAUUGCUGAGAAGCCACACUUAGUUGCCCACGAAACAGAGUAUUUGACGAAAAGUGAUGCUUUGUGGACUCAUUGUGUCUCAAUAUCGCAAACUGCUUAAUAAUAUUAUAUGCAUGUAUUGUUCUGAUUAACAAAAAUUGUAUUCAACUAUUCUUAAA